AUGUUGAAGUCCUUUACAUCGACGGCCUUCUCUGGCCUUAGAACCGUCUCACAACAGCAGGCCCGUUGCAUCCAGGUCUCGGCCCGAUCCCUCAACGUCAAGGACGAUUCCGCACCCAAAGCCAAGCGCACAGUAGCGUCAAGCGCACCCGAGGGCACAGUGCUGAAGGGAAUCAACUACAUGAAAGAUGGCAAGGAUCCUGUUGCCCUUGCUGACGACGCUUACCCAGAAUGGCUCUGGGAGAUCAACGAUCCCGAGGUCCGCAACGCCAGGAUCGCAAACCCCCUUGACAAGAAGCACCACAAGGAGGCAAGGAGACAGGCCAUUAAGGGCGAGAACUUUAUCCGCGACAAGAAGACAUAA